AUGUGGUCGUUGUCGUCUCUCGUGUCUGUGCUCAUACUGCAGUACAGCUGUAGUCUUGCCGAUGCUGUCGUCGUCACCACCAAAUUGGGGGACGUGGAGGGGGUGAGGACACGCGCCAGCGAGAAGUUCCUUGGUAUAAAAUAUGCUACUGCGGAGAGACCGGUAGCCGAGGGUACAAGGUCACGUGACAUGUUCCAGGUUCGGCAACCCUGUCCCUCUACAUGGACUGGGGUCCUGGACGCCACCGCGAUCAAACCAGCCUGCUACCAAUACUGCCCCGAAGACGCCAAAUUCAUCUGCCAAACUGAGAUGUCUGAAGACUGUCUGUUUCUAAACGUCUUCCGACCUUUGAACCCCAUGUCCGCCAGUCUCCCCGUGAUGGUGUGGAUCCAUGGCGGUAACUUCGAGAGUUACAGCGGAGGAAGUGUUCUGUUUGACGGCGAGACCAUCGUCUCCAGAGGGGAUGUUAUCUUCGUCAGCCUGAAUUAUCGCCUAGGUCCAUUUGGAUUUCUGGCACAGAGCGACGGCACAACUGUCUAUGCUGGUAACUAUGCCAUCAAAGAUCAACGGAUGGCAUUACAGUGGGUCCAUGACAACAUCAACGCUUUCGGCGGGGAUCCAUCACAGGUAACGAUCUUUGGAGACAGUUCAGGCGCUCAAUCCGUGGCAAUCCAUCUCACUUCCGGUAAAGCUGACGAUCUCUCCACCAGGGCCAUCAUGCACAGCGCCCCCUUUGGGAUUUCGUUCAAAAAUCCGUCCAAAACAUCAGCUGAGGUGCUGACUGCUUGGCAAGGGACGUCCAUCUACGUAUCAGACAACCCCUACCUAUCACUGGAGUCAUGGGGCCCGGUUAUAGAUGGCGAUGAAAUCAAAGGAAGUCUCGUGGAACUGUUCGAGACCGUGACCAAUAUAAACAAGGAAAUACUGAUCGGUUCCACAUCUGAAGAAUCCGUUGGAAGCAUUUACGAUUACUACACCACCGCCGUGGACGAGGCGAGUUACAGGGCCGCCAUGAGUUACUUCGAACCUGACAAUUCCACGCAGAUCAUCAAUGCCCAGUAUCACCCUGUCGCUGGCGACAACCGCGAGAACCUGGUCAGCUUCAUGUCCGACAGGCUCUUUUUGUGCUCAGCCAGAUACGUGGCUCAGAAGCUGAGCGAACAUUCCAAAGUGUGGUGGUUCAUUUUCGAUCAACCUGUCCCUUUCCCGGAAUUCUGGGGAGAUUCCUUAGACUGUGUGGAUCGGGUGUGCCACCAGGCUGAUGUACCGUUCCUGUUCCGGGCACCUGCCCGACUCGGCUUCAACACGACCCGUGCUGAUGAGAAGGUUUCCGAGCAGUUGAUCACCUAUUGGCUUAGUUUUGCUAAUUGGGGAACCCCCAAUGCCCACUGGCGGGAUCUCCCAGUAAAUUCGCCGUUCAGGCUGAGAUCCAAAGAUCUGCCUCUGUGGGUGGAAUUCCGUAGCAAUGCAAAUGGCGCUACCAAAACAUAA